AUGGCGGUUGGGGGUUGCUCGUCGUCAGCUGUCGUCUCUGCGUCCUCGCCUUCCCCUUCCAAAAGGCGUCUCUCGUGGAGCUCUUGCGACGGUCCGCGCCAGACACCCGGCAGCCCUUCGAGUGAAGCUCGCCGCGAUGAGGAGUGCAAGAAAAUCCAACCACGGAGGGUAUCUGGGGCGUGCGCGGAGGAAGAAACGGACCUACUGCAUCGACCGGGGGAUGGGGCGGCGGAAACAGAGAAUAUUUGGAGGAAAAUCCGGAAAAAACGGUUCAAACUCACCCAUGCGGACGAAGGGGGCGUGACCGAGGGGGGGCACAGCGCGGACGAGACCGCAGAGGAGACACCGCCCUGUUGCUCAGAUGCUGACUCGGAUGAUGAGCGGGCGGAAGCUUCGCUGCGGCGUCUCCUGGCUGCCUUCUCGGCUUUCUCCUCGCCCUCUUCCGGCGCCUCCUUCCCCCCCACAGCUGCUCCAUCGUCCUACGACGCUCGGCUGUGGAAGGCCCCGAAGGCGCGCCUUUCCUCCGUGUCCAGUGCGUGGUUGCCGCUCGCGGCGUUGCUGCUUCUUGUUUGUUUUUCCUUUCUGUUCAAAGCUCUCCCGCACAUUCUGGGGCGGCCCCUGACGCGCACGCACGCCAGCGUCUUUUCCUCUCCGCAGCAAGCCCUCUCCCAGUUCUUCCCGCCGCCGACGGCAACCGCCCCGGCGCCUUCCACCUCUCUCUCCUCGCUUUCUCUACCGGCUGACCUGUUUCCAGCGUCGUCUGCUCCGCCCCCGGCGCCGUCUGGGCGGCCCGCAGGGGACUCGCGGCGGCUCGCGGACGUCGCGGAGACAGAGAGAGGCUCUCUGCCGAGCGUCUCAGCCUUCAACACGUCGGUGGUCUUUCCGGAGCCCGAUGGCAGCGCGAGCGAGCGCGCAGAGCCAAACCCGAUCGCCUCGACGCUCGCCUUCUUCUGCUUCCUCUUCUUCUCAGCCGUCUUCCUCCAGUGGCUUAUCUCGAAGAUCCCCUCCUACCCGCCGCCCGUCUCCAUCGUCUGGUUCGUCUUCGGCAUGGUCGCCUACGGUAUCGCCAGCGCGCCCGCCCUCCUGCCCCCGCAGGAGGAGCCCAGCGCGACCGCAGGGGGCGCGGGGGCCUCUGGAGACCCCGCGGGCCUGCCCGCGGGCUCAACCGGCAUCGGCGACGUGCCCAUGAAAGGCCACAAUCUGCUUCAAACAGGCAUCCUCGAGAUGCGCGUCAUCGACAGCAACGUCGUGUACUUUGUCCUCGUCCCCAUUCUCCUCUACGAAGCCACGCAGAGCAUCAACUGGCAUAAAUUCAAACGAUUCCUCGCUGGCGGCCUUCUCCUCGCUGUCCUGGGAGUUGCGGUUCAAGUUGGCGUUUUGGGGCUGAUGUUUUACUAUACGUACAUGAAGGAGUACGUGAAGAGUGCGGAAGAGACAGACCAGAACCCGCUGACUGCUGCCUUCCUCCUCGCCUCCACGCUCUCCUCGACCGACCCCGUCGCGGUGCUGUCCGUCCUCAACGCCGUCAACGCCUCUGACAAACUCUGCACCAUGUUCGACGGCGAAUCCCUCAUCAACGACGGCUCGGCUGUGCUGCUCUUCCAGUUCUUUUUCUACUUGUUGCAGGGCGUCUCGGAGACGCCUCUGUCCACGUUCAUCAUGUUCAUGAAGUUGCUCUUUGCGGGGCCUGCGCUGGGCUGUUUCCUUGGAUUCGCAGUGUAUCUGUGGCUGAACUGCUUUCGGCGAUACCCCAUGACGCAGUGCCUGGCUGUCAUUACAGUCUGCUACAUCGCCUACUUUGUCGCCGAAGUCGCCUUCAGCCUCUCAGGGCCGCUCACCGCUGUCUGCUACGGGCUCUUUAUCAAGAGCUACGGACACAUUGCACUCGAUCGCGAGGCGCAGCUCAAGCACCACACGCUAGUCGAAGGUCUGGGUCUGAUGGCGAACUGCGCGAUUUUCAUCAUUAGCGGCAUCGUGACAUACGGCAUGAUGAGUUCAGUUUUCAGCCGAAGCGACGGCGGCCUCUACUGGGUGCAUCUUCUGCUCACCUACAUCUACCUCAACCUCGCGCGGAUCUUCAUGAUUGUGCUUUUCUCCCCCUUCCUGCGGAGAACUGGAUACGGCCUCACGUGGAAGGAGGCGGUGCUCUUGAUCUGGGGUGGCCUUCGCGGGGGCAUUGUGUUGGCGCUGGGCCUUCGGAUUGAGCGCGACGGCAACCUCGAGGGCGAGCUCACGAAGGCGUUGUCUUUCUUCAUUUCCGGCAGCGUGUUUCUGAUCCUCUUGAUCCACGGAAUGACCUUUGAACUUCUCUAUCGGUGGCUGAACCCGUAUCCGCCGAAACCGUUUCGACGCGUGUAUCUCGAGGCUGUCAUGAAGAUGAUUGACUAUCAGUACAUGGAAGAGAAGCAAGCCCUCAACAGUCACUGGCUGUUCAAAGGCACCGACGUGCUGGUGCACGCAGACAAAGUGGUGCCGGUGCUGGGCUGGGGUAAAGUGGAUCGGCUGAAGAACAUGAACCUGAAGGUCCCAGACAUCAGCGUCGCGUUCAGCUGUCUCCACGAUGCGUCUUUCAACACGUGGGUGGUGCCAACGGCGUUCUCAGUCAGGCCCUCCGCGACGCUGGUGAAGCGCAUGGAGACAGGCCCGCUGGGGCUUGGUGCCCGCGGCAGCUUCGCGCAGCCCGAGGACGCCGGCGCCCAGGGGCGAGACCAUCUCGACGAGGGUCGAGGCGAGAAGGGGGGCAGAAAGGGCCUGGCGAGUUACCAGGAAGAAGAGUUCGCGCCUCUGCCGCUGACCGACGACGAGUUUGCAGGAGGCGACGCAGUCAAACGGUCGCCUCUCCAGCUGUCGAGAAAGGCGCCAGAGAGGAGCGUCAUGCUGGCUGUUGACGCCUCGCUCGCUUUGGAGGAGACACGCGAGGGCGAACGGAUUGGCGGGCACGUGGGACGGAGGCCCUACGAGUCUCUCGGGACGAGCUCGCCUGCAGAUCGCGCUGGAGUGGCGUCUCCCGCGGAUGUGGCGCCUUCCGGCUUCGCGCACGCAAGCGGCGUGAAUCGGCACCGGGUAGGCGCAGACUCGGGUUUAUACCGGACUGGCGAUGUCAGUGAAUCGCCUUUCGGACCGUCCUCCCUGUCUGAAGGAGCGAGACCUAGCACAGGCCCCGGAACCGCCGAGCGGCACCGAUCGCGUCCAUCCACGGAGAGAUCGACGCACUUUGUGCCGCCGGGAGGCGUGGCUUCCCCGCCCACGUCAGGUGUCUCCUCGAUUGCCGGUGGCGGCAACCGAAUUCCGCCGUUCUCCUCUGUUGUCCCCGGCGGCGAAGGCGAAAGAGAGAGACGUGGCUCCGCGCCGUCGAGGCGACAGGGAGCAGAGUUGGCUGCGGCCGCGCAACGCAGAGCCAGAUCUCCGUCGCCGGCUGCUCGGGCAGCCGGCGCGGGGGGGGACGGGGCAGUCGUAGGGCGAGAGCUGGAGAGAGGACGAGAGCCGGCGCCUGUCUCACCGCGGUACUUCGCCAAAAGUCAACUUCUUCCUGUAGACGGCGACUACGCCAACCCGUCGCCAAUUCUGUCUCAGGCUCCGUCGCUCGUGUUCCACAGCCUCCAAGCUCCCCCCCACGGCGACGGCGCUGGGCAGCGAGUGCCUCCGCUGGCGACGCGCCCAGCCAGAGACGGACGCGGAAUCGAGGAUGACAAGGAAUCUCUCAUGCAAAGCUACCGAAAGGAGAAGCAGGCCCACACGCUGGCGGCUCUUUCGCAGGGGUUGAAGCCGGAGCUGGGCGGCGGCAUCGGCGCGUCCUCAGCGUUCGAUCCGAAGUUCAACCUCCGCCUCAUUGAGCACGCAACGACAGUGGAUGGGCCCCCCGUCUCUGCAGGCGGGGCGGCUGGGCCCCCGGGGACGGCCCAGCAAGCCGCUGGGACCCGGGGCGUGAGCGAAGCGAACGCGCCCGACGCGUCUGCCGCUGCUGCCGGCGUCUCUUCGCGGCGAAAGCGGAGCCGUGGACUGCGCCUCCACAGUCGGCGCACAGAGGCCGAGGAUGGCUUUGGCGCGCGCGCGAGUUCCUCAGAUUUAUCCUCGCAGGAAUCGGACUCGGAUGUCGUGGAAGACAAGCCGAUCGAAGUGAUUCUCGAGGGCGAAGACCCCGAAACGAAGCUGCCUCUCUACCGCCUCACCAGCACGCGGGCUGGGCAUCGGGCUCUCCUCGACGGGGACGGAGACAAAGCCGCAGGGUUUUCGGCGGUCGGCGACGGCGGACAGCGGCUCGCUCAGGAGCGCCAUGGCGCCCGAGACGCCCGCCACCCAGGCCACUGGGCGAGCGCCCUGCUGAGUACAUUUCGCCUGCGGAGAACGCGAGGACAGGGCGGCUUGGACAGCGCUGUCACCGACAAACAGUUCCCUGCCGGAGGGGGCUCUCGGACGCCGAUCCGCCGCAGUUUCCGCAGCAGACGCCGAGACGACGACGAGGGCCUCGGGCUAGCGGACGGCGCACCCGGUGAUCUCGCCAGUACGCAAGACCGCCAGGGCGGGCUCGCAACCCAAGACGCCGACUGCAAGGUCGCGGCGAAAAGCGGCAAGGGGAGGCGGGGACGACGCAUUGGGCCUCCGCUGGCGCUGUUGUCAAAGCGAGGAAUGAGCACCGGGUCUAGGCGAGCGCGAGCCGAAGCGUCUCCUCGGACAGCCGCCCGACCAAAAGGCGAGGCCGGGGACGUCGGAAAUGACGACUCAACAUCGGGCGACGCGCGGAAACUCGAUGAUGGUGCGCUGCGAGGAGGGGAAGAGGGCGGCGAAGAAGACGACGUCCUGCAGGACAUUCCGCGGCACAGUGACGAAGACGAUGACUUUGACUACGACCGCCGGCUGCCUGGGCGGCUUGACACAGACGCCACGCUCGUCUUCCACCACAAAGACCUCGAUCCAGGAGUCAGAAAGAGGAAGAAAAAGGCCAGAAAGGCAGGAGGCGUGAGCCUGCGCGUGCAUUCGCUUUUGCAUCUGCCUUAUCACCGCGGGCGCCGCGGCUCGGACGCCUCUCGAUCCAAUCCGCAGGUCUCGCCGCCAAGCAGCCCUCGCCCAGCCGGCGGGAGUGACGGCGAGCCGCACGGUGGCGGAGCCUCGUCUCCGCAGGCUCUGACUGUCUCGGAUGGCGUUCUCUUCAAAGGCGCCACCGACCGGCGCAACGGGGGGGGCUGCUGUUCCGCGUCGGUGUCUCCGCCGUCUGUGGUGCUGCUCCCAGACGCAGAGCCGAGGGGCGAGAGCCGCCUCACGGCGGCGGACGGCAGACCCGAGGAGGACGCCCGCGACACGGGGCUGCGACUACUCACGCGGUCGCUGGAAAAUAUGCGGACCGACGCACAGGAGAGAGAGCGCAGCCGGUCGGGAGGCGCGCCUCUUCCUUCGCUCCCGAGCGCCGCUCGGAAGCUGCAGGACAGUGUGUAUACGCCCGAGGCGACCGCCAUGCCGACGUUCCCGCCUUCGGCUCCUGUCGGCAACAAGGGGACGUUCGCCGUUCCCCUCGCGGGGCUGCAGCAUCCGGCGGCCGCAGGAGCAGUCGGCACCUACCAGCCCCGAGACGAGCAGACAGGCAAGGGGUCGGGAAAACCUGGGUCAGGGAAGGUGACGACCCGACGCGUGGGGUGGAACAAGCGAGGGACGCUGCAGGGCGUGAAGGCGCGACGAAUUUUGCUGCGCGGGCGGAAAACUGCGCUGGGAGUCAGGGAGCGAGCCAUGUCGACAGACUACAAUGCCGGCGAGCGAGCUUCCGUCAGCUCGGGCGGCCUCGACCUGAAGUGGGCAGGCCGUGACACGCGCAGCGAAGGCGGACAGAGCGUGGCGCACGAGGCAGAAAACCUAGAGGACCUGAAGCGAAGUCUCUCCCUGGGAAGUUCCGAGAGCUACUUCGAGAUCCCGGCAACGCCUCGUCGAGGCUCUUUCUCGUCGUCGCACCAGAGUGGGGGAAAGGCAGUCGAGCCUGCGUUCCGGCGCGACGCGCAAAGGGCGGGCAGUCGUCGCAAAGUGCUGCGGAAGGAGCGCGAGGGUGAGUUGUAUUUGAUGUUUUUCAACGCGUGCCGCGAAAUGUAUCAUCGGCUCUACCACAAGAACUGCAUCGGCGGAAGCGCGCUGCUCAGUCUCAACACGUCGCUCGACCUCAGCAACGACUUCGCCGUCGGGAAAGUACGCCAGAACCCGAUUCGCGCGUGGGCAGAAGUCCUCCAGGAGGAUGCACACGGAGCGGCAGACAAGCGCAGCAAAAGCGGACCUAAAAAGAGAACUCUUCAGACGCUCACAGGAUUUGAGUACGAGUGGAGCGUGCUCCAGUCCCGCCUCCACUGCAUGCAAGAGCAACAGCAGGGGUGGUGUGGCCUCAGGGCCGCGCCUUUCUGCUGCGGCAGGCGGAUUCCCUCGGCGUUCAUGCGGUCGUUGCUCAACAGCGGAGCCUGCCAAAGCGACCUCGAGCAAAUCCUCGCGUUCGUUGACGUUCACGAAGAGCUUCUCGAGAAGGGCGGGAAAAACAUGCAGCAGCUCAUGGGCGAAGAACUUUUGGCGAGCUACAACCGUCAGAUUCUCUCCGCGAAGCGUUUCGUGCUCUACAUACGCGACUGCUACCCAGACAGUUUCCGCGUCGCCAUUUGCAAAAUUGCCGCCACGCUCCUCCUCAAUCUGAAAACAAAGCUGGUGAAGGAUACGGCGCAGAAAGGUCUGGUGCUGGAGGAAGACAAGGAGACGCUGUUGCGGAUCCUGGACGAGCAGCAGUUCCGGCUGUCGCGGUUCCGGCCGUGUUUCAUUUUCAUUCGGCCGCAGAACUGCGUCCCGUCGGGCAUGGGGAAUGUCCUCGCGCUGGGGGUUCGCGGGCGGGCGAACUCGAUCAACAGCUCGUCGUCCUCGGCGUCGCAGGCGGCGAGGGACGCGGUCGCUGUGCGCUCCCCAUCCACGGAGGAGGCCGACUACGAUCGAGGACGCGACCUGGAGAACCACGAAGACGCGGAGCCCGGGGACAGGCGGCACACGGAGGACGAGUUGCUCGGCUUGAUUCAGCGGGGCGACGAGGCCAGGCGCACCGCCGGCGGGCGCAAGUCGAGACCCUCUGUGUGGGAGGCGGAGUGGGCGCGCAACGGUGACGGGCCGGACGAGGAAGAAAAGCGACUGGGAGAGAGACACCGUCAGGCGUCGGUCAUUCGCAUGAUGGACAGCGGACGGCACAUGCAACCGCUUCCGCUCGAAGCGGAGAUUCGCGUGUACUGUCUUCAGCACCAGCGCCGUCUAGGGCACGACGACUCAGAAACAAGGAACGGAGAGGCAGCAGAGGCGGCCGAGCUGGUCGCGUUGAACAGGUUUCGCAGCGCAGCCUAG